CUAAGUGGAGACCAUGGCCUGAUAAAGGAUGAAGCCUACUGCCAAGUGAUGAAGCAGGUCACUGUGAACACCAGCUCCAAACCAGACAGCUGCCAGAGAGGGUGGAGGCUGCUCUACAUCCUGACGGCUUUUUAUCGCUGCUCUGAUGUCAUGAAGCCAUUUGUGUUGAAGUUUCUGCAGGAUGCCUGUGCCAGCCCUGGAGUUCUGUACCAAGGUGUUGCCAAGGCAUGUGAGCAGAAUCUGAGGAAGACUUUUCAAUAUGGCGGACGUGUACAGUUUCCUAACAGCAUGGAACUCAAAGCUAUGCUG